CACCCACCCGACCACACUGCUUGAAGUUGAGGCGACGUUGAUUUGCUGACUCUGAUUGCUUCCUGCAUGACGAGGUCAGAGGACGAGCUAAACUGGAUACUUACAAAGGUAUUUAGCUUGAUAUAAAGAUAUUUCAUUAACGCUACAGCAGCAGCUGCACCGCAACUCCGGAAUACACCAUGUCUCUUACCGUCAAGAGCAUAUCUGUAGUUUACAACCCCGUUAAUCAGAAUAACACGUUCACCAACGGAGACUUUAUAUCGGGACAAAUCAUUCUCGAAGUUGCGAAGGAUACACAAAUGCAGUCUUUGGGUAUCAAGAUCAAAGGGAAGGCGGACGUCUACUGGACCGAACGACAUGGCAAAACCACUGUUGUUUACUCAGACAAGGAAAAAUAUUAUUCAAUAGAGAGGUUUUUCGUUCACGAAGACAAAAAACACGAGCACGCAUUACUGAAAGAUCCUUCUGGACAGCCUUAUUGCGCUGUUGUAGGACCAGGGCGUCAUGUUUACCCAUUCCUGUUUCAGCUGCCUCAACAGAACUUUCCUCCAUCUUUCAAGGGUUCAGCAGGCAAAAUUGUGUACAGCUUAAAGGCAAAACUGUCUAGGUCAAUGCGUAUUUCUAGCACAGCCACAGCUGAGUUCCACUAUGUCCCCAGACCUGAGCUGUCUAAUCCUGAACUAAUGGCGCCUCAGUAUGGAAGCAAAGAUAAACAAAUGAAGUUCUUCACAUCUGGGAGUGUUUCUAUGAACAUACGCACUGAGAAAAUGGGAUACUAUCUUGAUGAGGGGUUAAAAGUUUUGGCUGAAAUUCAGAACAAUUCAUCCCGUGCCAUCAAGCCUAAAUACUGCCUGUAUCAAAAGCACAGUUUCUUUGCAAGAGGCAAACGAAGACUACACACACAUGACAUUAUUAAGGAGGAAGGAGAACCUAUUGAGCCAAACACAAACAAGAAUAUCACUAAAGUGCUUGCCAUCCCGCCCAGCCUUACUGUCUCGACCCUAAACUGUAGAAUUAUUAAGGUUGAGUACAGACUGAGAGUCUACUUGGAUGUGCCGUACGCCUCGGAUCCAGAGAUCAAAUUUCCAAUAGUGUUUCUUCCUCCUCAGACUACCUCAGGUGCAAGGGGUCCCUCCUCUAACAGUGACUUUGGAAUUUGGAACCAACAAGCAGGAGGCAGUGCAUACCCCAAUGCACCCCCAUCUGCCCCACCUGCACCUCCAUCUGCCCCACUUGCACCUCAGUUUGGUGCCCCUGGUUACUCUGGACCUCCUGGUCAGUUUGGUGCCCCUGGUUACUCUGGACCUCCUGGUCAGUUUGGUGCCCCUGGUUACUCUGGACCUCCUGGUCAGUUUGGUCCCCCUGGUUACUCUGGACCCCCUGGUCAAUUUGCUGCUUCUGGUUACUCCGGACCUCCAAGUCAGUUUCCUCCUCCUAGUUACCCUGGACCUCCAGCUCAACAAUGUCCUUCAAAUCCUCAACAACCCGAUUCAUCAGCUCCACCUCCUUAUCAGGAAUAUCAAUUAUAUCCACAGCUGCCUGAUGACACUAAAAAAUCUUGACAAAGUGAAUAAAUGAUACAUGUUUUUAUGUGAGCUUAAGUUAUUUUAAUUGGCAUUAAUAUAGAUUUUAGUAUUUCUGUCUCUAUACCUGCAUAAAGGAAAAUUUAUGAGGUAUUUUACAUUUAUAAUAUGAAUGUAUUUAGUAUAGUAACACUUUACAAAAGGUUGUAUUGGUCAACAUUAGUAAAUGCAUUAACUGAAAUUAACAAAAAAUGUAGUAUUCAGCCAUUAUUAAGUCUUGUUAAUGUUGGUAUAUUUUAGUAUAGUUAUACAUUUAUUCUUGUAGUUUACUGCUACAAGAAACAUUUGAUUUAAAAAUUGAUUAGUAAAUGCUUAAAUUAAAGGGAUAGUUCACCCAAAAAUUUAAAUUCUGUCAUAAUUUAUUCACCCUCAUUUUUUCUAAACCUGUAUUUUUUUAAUUUGAUGAACAUGAAGAUAUGUUGAUAAAUAAUAAGCACACAGCUGAUUUUAACCAUUGACUUGCAUAGGAAAACAAAUAAUAUGGAAGUAUUGUGAUAAAAGGAAAAAAAUCUUAAGAAAGAAAUUCAUACAGGUUUAGAGCAACAUGAGAAUGAAAAAAUGAUGACAGAAUUUUCAUUAUUGGUUAAAUGAUCCCUUCAACAUCGGCCAAGAUUAAUCAAUGCAGAAGUAUUGUUCUCUGAUAGUUAAAGGGAUAGUUCACUUUAAAAUGAAAAUUCUGUCAUUAUUUUCUCAUCCUCAUGUUGUUCUAAACCUAUAAUUUUUUUCCUGAUGAACACAAAAAAAGAUAUUUUGAGAUUAUGGUAAACACACAGCAGUAAGUGACCAUUGACUUCCAUAGUAGGAAUAAAUAUUUUGGAAGUAUUAUUAUAAAUGAUUAAGAACAUACUUUUAUAAAUGAUGGUAAGCACAGUUGAGAGUACCCAUUAAAUUCCAUUAUAUUUUUUUAUUCCUACUAUGGAAGUCAAUGGUCACUUACUGCUGUGUGUUUACCAUCAUUUCUCAAAAUAUCUUCUUUUGUGUUCAUCAGAAAAUUCAUACAGGUUUAGAACAGCAUGAGGAUGAUUAAAUGAUGACAGUGAACUAUCCCUUUAAUAUUAGGUAAGGCAAUAACUAAAUGUUAACAAAUACAACUUACAUAAAAUAUAGUACAUUGUAUUAUAUACAAUAUAAUACAUAUAAUAACCUGAAAUAUAUUGUGAUAUAUUCUUUAAAAGUCAAAAGUGAAUUUUUUUUACGUGGACAACAAAAAUGAAUCUUUUUAAAUACUUAAUAGUGACUAAAAGCUGAAACCAUUUUCUUUAAAUGGAAAUAUGAUUUUAGCUUAGUAAGAUUUACUAGUGUAAUAUAUGUGCAGAAAUAAGCAAACUUCUUUGCCUGUUGUAAAAGCAUUGUCAUGUUUGCUCAAGUAUCGCCAACGAUAAAAGAGAUUACUGUGCUACAAUAUGUCUUGAACGGCACACAGUACUUGACAUUUGUGAUAUAUUUAACAAAUUGCAGCUCUUUUGUCUGUGGGUCUGUAUACAGAAAAUAAUCACCGCAGUUGAUACAUUUCAGAAUAGGCACAUUCCUCAAAGUCUUUGCUGCAAAUAUGUAACAUUUUCACUGUUAUGGCCCAAGAAUAUAAAUGGUUAAUUUACAGAAACUCACCUUGACCCUGCGUAAACGUCUCAAUAAGCAAAGGUUUAAGUUGUUUAUGUUAACUCUUAAUCAGUCAAUCAGUUUUCCUUUGAGUUUACCAAGCAGGAACUGAAUAUGGAAUGGGCAAUGGAGGCAAAUUGUGUUUACCUUUUAUGGGGGCAUGCAGACUGGGUGCAUGAUUUUUGAAAGCCAAUGUUGACAUUUGAAAUCACCUAAACAAACACACCCCUACCCCAAUCUGGACCAUGUUUUGAUAGAACCGCCACACAUGCGCAACCCUGGCAACGAUGUUGGUUAGUAGACAUGCUCCUUACUGCUGAUUGGCUACAAGUGUGUUUUGAUACUCAGCCCGAAUCCCUUUUCCAAAGCGUUUCUCAAAAAUCAUGCACCCCGCCUUUAAGUAUUAUUAUUAAGGCUAUAGUUGUGGCUUUUAGCAAAAAUUCUAAAAAAAUCUAGCAAAUUAUGAAAUGCAAAUAAAUAAAAUGUAUUUAAAAAAAAUAUGGAAGUAUAAAAAUUUUUGUACAUUAUAGCAUCAAAAUGGUUGAAUCCACUUGUACUCACUAAUAGAAUGGUGAUAAAUAAAAUUCCAAGGUCACCUGCAUGACUGUAGUGACAGAAAUACUUACAAGUGACCCCAAUGCCAUGUUUCUGUGUUUUCUGUAUACACACCACCUCAUUUGCACAUCUUCAGCUGCUAUUGCAGAAUACUUAGUUUUUUUUUAUCAAAUUAAAAUGGUUUAAUGCUAAACUGUACAGGACAAGCGGGUUAAAAAAAUGAAUGGAUGUAAAAAUACAUGUUGAAUUCUGUAGUGUGAGAUUUGAAUUAAAAUAUAAAAAAUGCAAAGGAUAAAAUUUUUUAUUUUGUUUCAGAGUUGUUCCAAUAUUUUAUGGAAGGUUUAACAUGGCAUGAAAGUAAAUUUCGUAUGUUUUU